AUGGAGACUGCUGGAACGUCUGAGUCUCAGAUGCCUGAGCAUAACACAACAACCGCGAUCAAGGAGCUUGAUGACGGAGUCAUUUUCAACAAUGCCCCUCCAAGAACUCUCCAUACCAGAGAUAUUGUCGCUGCUGGCUUCAAUAUUUGCAAUAGCUGGGGAGGUGUUGCAGCCACACUCUUUCUUGGGAUCAUUGCUGGUGGACCAGUCACUAUCAUCUACGGAAUAAUUGUAUCAACUGUCAUGGUAGGCUGCUGCGUCCUGUCUAUGGCAGAGCUGGCUGCAAGGUAUGCAACAGCAGGAGGUCAAUACCACUGGACAUGGCUUUUGGCACCAGAGAAGGCGAAGCGGGGAAUGGUGGGUGUGCGAUUUGGUCUUGUCAUUUCAAUGGUUCCGUUGACUGAAAGGGAACUUCAGAGCUAUACCGUUGGCAUCAUCAACAUAUUUGCGUGGAUGGCCACUUCGGCCGCUGUUUGCGCCAUCCUUCCAUCCAUUAUUCUUGGCCUGGUAAGCUAUUGGAACCCUGCAUACAUGUCGCAAAGAUGGCAAGCGUUCCUCAUCUAUCAAGCCUCGAAUAUCGCUGUCCUCAUCUACAACAUCGGCAUUCUUCGUCGUGCAGGCUGGACACAUGACAUUGGCAUGGCGCUGUCGCUUCUCAUGAUGCUCACUUACUUUAUCACUUGUCUGGCUCGGGCCUCUCCUAAGCUUUCAUCGUCCUUCGUCUGGACUGUAUUCGUCAAUGAGGCUACCGGGUGGAGUAACGGUAUCGUCUUCCUCACAGGACUUGUCAACCCCAACUUCGGCUUUGUGGGCAUAGACGGUGCGAUUCAUUUGGCGGAAGAUGCAAAAAAUGCUGCCACUGCCGUGCCAUGGGCAUUGGUAGCAACUUUGGUAAUUGGUUUCAUUACCGUGUUUCCGUUCGUCGUUGCUAUGUUCUAUUGCAUCUCAGAUGCCAAGUCAGUGCUCGCUUCACCUGUUCCUAUCUUCGAAAUCUGGCGUCAGGCCGUUCGUUCUGAUAGUGGAGCAACAACCAUGACCGCUCUUUUUGUUCUUACAGGGUACUUCUCAUUGAAUGCCUCCCAGCAGACAGCCUCACGCUUGACUUGGUCAUUUGCGCGAGAUCGUGGGCUGGUCUUCUCUGGCGCCAUCGGAGCCAUACAUCCGGCUCUUGGAGUUCCAGUCUGGGCACUUAUCGCAAACGCUUUUGUUGUCUUCAUCAUGGGUUGCGUCCACCUUGGCUCGACAUCUGCAUUCAAUGCCAUAGUCGCCACGGCAGUCAUCCUCAUGCAUGUCACAUUCGCAAUCACCGCAGGACUCAAGAUGUUACGGCGCCGGGCCCAGCACUUCCUCCCGGAGAAGAAGUCAGGAUGGUCGUGGAACUUUGGCAAAGCAGGGUGGUUAUUUGAUUCCGUCACCGUAGUGUGGGGUUUCAUUACCUUGAUCUUCUAUUGCUUCCCAACCUCCAAUCCAACCACAGGCAGCAGUGCGAACUACGCAGCAGCUGUGCUUGCUGUUAUGACACUCUUUGCUGUCAUCAACUGGUUUUCCUAUGCGAAAAAGCAUUAUGACGGGCCACGAGUCAAUCUGGAGAGAUUUGGGGAUACCAAGGGGCCGCAAUAG